AUACAGAACCUCCAGAACCAAACAAAGUAAAACUUGGCUCCUCUGCUUUGAGACACGUCUGUUUCUCCUUGCUGUUCAAUAUCACUUACUAGUCUUGUUGUUUCCAUCAGAUAAGGCGGACAUCACCCCGCUUAAAAUGUUAUCAGAUUCCUUACGUCAGCUCAUUGGAUUUGUGUUGGUCGCCAUCUGUUGGGGAUCCACUAAUCCUCUAAUCAAACUUGGAAGUGCUGGUCUGGAUAAAGUCUCUGACAAAUACCCAGAUGGUGGUUUAAAGAAAUGGUUAGCUGAACUCAAGUACCUCUUUACAAAGUGGCAGUACAUUUUACCAUUAGCCCUUAAUUUAAGCGGUUCCGUUGUCUAUUAUUACACAUUGGGAACAUCAGACAUGUCACUGGCUGUUCCCAUCACAAACUCUUUGACCUUUAUCUUUUCUUUAUUAACAGGUUUACUCCUUGGAGAAAAAAUUGGAGGAAAAGAUGCCUGGUUGGGAAUGGCUUUAGUUGUAGUUGGUGUAGCCAUUUGCGUUGGCGGAAACUAAAAAAUAAAGGCAUUUUUAUUUUUCCCACCAAUAUGCUUACACUCAGGCUCGCCAUAUUUGAAAGACUCCCUUUUUUUUUCAAAGGAUGAACAUCUUUUACGAUGCUUUACGUCUGAACCCAGGUCU